UUAAAUGUCUCUUCAUUUUUUUCUCUUUCAAGGAAAUAUAAAAACAUUUGACAAUAAUAAAAAACAAACCAAAGAAAAGUACCAAAAAAAUCAUGCUCAAAAAAACUAAAUCUACUCUUCCUGCCAUUGACUAUGAUUAUUUGAUUAAGUUCCUUGCCCUUGGAGACUCGGGCGUGGGCAAAACCAGCUUCCUUUAUCAAUACACAGAUGGAAAAUUCCAUUCACGUUUCAUAUCCACUGUUGGUAUAGAUUUUCGUGAAAAACGUGUGAUGUAUACAACACAAGGAAGAAGUCAUCGUAUUCACUUACAACUCUGGGAUACAGCUGGUCAAGAGCGUUUUCGGAGUUUAACAACUGCCUUCUAUCGAGAUGCCAUGGGCUUCCUAUUGAUUUUCGAUCUUACCAAUGAGAAAUCCUUCCUUGAAGUUACCAAUUGGUUGGAACAACUUCGAAUGCAUGCUUAUUGUGAAGAUCCUGAUGUGGUGUUGUGUGGAAAUAAGUGUGAUUUGGAUGGACAGAGAGUUGUUAGCGAAGAACAAAUCCAACAAGUUGCAAAUCGUUAUAAACUGCCAUAUGUAGAGACAAGUGCUUGUACUGGACUAAAUAUUAGAAAUGCAGUUGACUUACUUCUCGAGAGAGUCAUGAAUCGGAUGGAAUUGCUGAUGAGCAAGACAGAUGUGCCCAUCCAUCAGCGAGGUAUUCCGAAUCAUUUUUACUCAGUUGAUACUGUAAGGCUUGGUGUGAAUGAAAUCAACACAGAUUAUGAUACAGGUGGGCCAAAGCGAAAAAGGAAUUGUUAUUGUUGAAGAGUCAAAAGCUUUUGAAAUUGUUGUAUUCUUCUGCCAAACAUGUUGCUGCAUUUAAAUGUGUUCUGUAUAAAAAUGUUUUAUA